GCGCCUCAGCUCUGGUAACGUGUAAAACGUUCAAGGAGUCCAGCCAUUCGACCCUCAAUAAGUAUCAUUUGCAUUGCAUUUCUUUGAUAGGGAGCAGGCUAAAUCGAGCACCCUAUUUCCAUCUAAAUCAAAAUCAUCUUCAUUUCCGUCAACAUGGCGAAGGAAAAGAAAGCCGCAGUUGAUCUACAGAAGAUGAUCAAUGAGACUCGUGACCGCAAGAAGGCACAAGAUACUGCGGACAAGAUAUUUGGAAAGAAGGCUGCACCCACAGCUCCGAAGAAAGCAAAUGGCGCAAGCGGCCCCGUCUCCACCCGCGCCGGAGUGAACAAGAGGGUUGUAUCCUCCAAGGCCGUCGCCAAACCUAGCAGCCUUGCAGCGAGAACGUCCGGCCGCGGCGGCGCCGCCUCCACUCGACCCAAACCCAACCUUCGCGCCAACCGCAACGCCCAGAGCCUCGCAAAUGCUCUAUUCCGCGAGAACCAGAACCCAGGAACUGCGCAGGUCAGCAUCGUAAACAUCAGGAAGGCCAAUGGCCCACGAAGAGGAGGUUUACAGGUAGCAGGAGCAGCAGCAAGGGCGGGACCGCGCCCGGCAACCGGCCUGACAAUCAAGGGACUUGCAGGUCCUCAUGUUGUAGAAGUCCGGGGCUUUGCUCCCGGUACAACGGCUGCCGAUGUCGAGCAGGCGACGCGGAAUCAGGGCAUUGCUGUGCAUAGCUGCCAGCUUAUUCGGACUUCACCAACGGUGGAUGCCGAUCUCACUUGCCAGUACCGGCAUCAGAUGGCUACCAGUCACAGCUGUCCCAGAACAACGGUAUUCUUGUGGACGGAUCGAUGGGGUUUGAACCGAUGGCAGUGGAUGAUGGCGGCAAUGGAGGCUUGUACAGCGAUCAGCUCGUGGGAUCUGCCCGCAACACAAAUAGCAGUCGGCGAGGACGAGGAUUCCGAGGCGGUCGAGGAGGCAACAACCGCUAGGAGCGACAUGAUGCACACAACGACCUGA